CUGAUAAUAGUAACGGACCGUACGAUGGCGCAGGCUGCGGGAGUGCGGCGUCAGCUCGAUUCUCUCACGCGUAAUAUAUUCUUGCGCGAUGUGGGAAGGACGGUGCCUGAGAAAUCUGGGGCUCCCCUUACUGGGGACUCGGAGGUCGCCCCCAGUGUCUCCUUGCAGAUAUUCCUUUACUUCAACGCUUUCUAUUUUCCAUUCUGGUGGGUUUGCUACGUUAUAAUGCUCCAGCUGAAGUACGUGCUGCUCCCUGAUUACUAUAAGUUCAUACUCGUCGUUCUCCUUAUCCUAAUGUCGGUGAUUGAAGUGAUUCGGCUGUACUUGGGCUACAGUGGCAACCUGCAAGAAAAGGUUCCAGAACUUGCCGGCUUCUGCCUGCUCAGCAUCUUAUUGCAGCUGCCGCUGCUGCUCUUCUUGCUGUGUGACCCAGGCUUGGAGCCCCUGCCCCUGGAAAGGGCAGCUCAUGGCAUCCUGACAGCAUUCCUACUUAUUCAGAUUCCCAUCUCCAUCUUUGCCCUGCGUAAGGCAACCAGGCACCUUGCCGGAAGGUUUCACCUGCUGGGAGACUUGGAUGGCCGAGCAUGAAAGCUUUGCCAGUUUGGGGCUUGAUGCUUCUUCAUCCUGCAGCCUUUUAGUUGCAGUGCAGCUAUCCGAUCUGGACUGUAAUUCAAACUUGGCCCUGGCAUUUCACUACACAGAGGCCCAAACAGCCCCACCAGGCCAAUAAAUAGUGACUGUCUGUGGCAUUUUACAGUAACCCCUCUGGCAUUUGCCAGAAUACACAGUUGUCAGUGCAGACCUGGCCCUACAUACCCCAGCUCGCAGAGCAACUGUUCUAUAACUUGAAUCAAUGCACAUAGCAACAGAACAUAUUGGCAGCAGUCAAUGUAAGUUAAACAGGAGGAAGCAAAUGGACAUUCACUAGACUCUUUAGGGCAGCAUUGCACCUCCUGCACCAAAUGGUGAUUGAAUGCAUCUUAUUUUUUUACAUGGGAUGUUUUUUUUCUGCUAGUGGCAUAUAGUGAGCUAAUUCUGCAUAGACUGUUACAUUGUAGCAGGGCAAAACCAUUUUACUCAAGUGCCUUAUCAGUUUUGCAAUGUUUUUGUAUAUAAUGAAGUAUUGUUAUGCAAUAUAAUUAUUUUGUUAUAUAUGUUUGAGAAUUAUACAAGUGGAGCAGUGACAGAAACAUUUAAGAUAUUUUACAUAAAACCUGUUAAUCAACAA